UUAACACCACUAAUCAAUAAUCUUCUCUCUUUAUAGCCUCCAACCAAACCUCCUCACAAGUCACAUCUUUUAUUUGUCUUAAAAAGGGCAGAGUCUGUUACUUGGCACUUUGAGUCCCUGUUCAUUGUAUUAUUACUAUAUUUUUUGUUUUUGUUUUGAACAGUUUUUUUUAAUUGAUUUUCUUUGUAAUAACUCAUGUCAGUGAAUGCGUUUCCACUAUCAAACAUGGUGGUGGUACUCUUAAGGGCUCUGUGAAAAACAGAGCUUAUGGGUUCUGAUUUUUUUAUCACCGAACGCAGUUUGGGGUUUCUCCAUAAACCGCCUUCUCAAUGCUUUGCUUACACUGUUCAAGGGUUGUUGCUAAUCUAGCCUCCCUUUUGUUAUCGCUUCUCGUUAUCUACAACCCAGUCUCUUGAUAUAGUGAUUUAUUGGUUCCAUUAUUUUUAUAAUUAUAGAAUCUUUGUUGUGGGCGAUUUAUUGGGGAGUUCUGUAUUGAGUUUAAGUUAUAGAGGUUUAGAUUUGGUGUUUAGGGGAUGGGGUUGCUGGUGGAGGUACCAGUGAUUCUUCGGCUUCUGAAACUCUCCGUCAUUUGUACCCUUUUCACUGUCCACGGAUCUACAGGGUAUGAUAUAUUCCCAUUGCCAGCGGAUCUUUCUGAUAUUCUUUUUGUAGAAAGUACACCUGCUCCUGUUUCAUGGAGUAGCAAUUCACCUGGAUCAGCACCUCAGCAUCAUGGGUCAGGCUUGCUUGCUCCUCUUGCAUCACCACCUCUAAUGUCUACUCCUAGUUCCAGGACAAAAGGGCUUGUGCCCUCCUUAUCACCUAGUACUCCAAUGGAACCGACGCCACAUGAUGCAGCUCCUCCUCCUUUGACUGAUCAAGGAGAUUCACCAUCCUUGUCACCAAGGGUUCCCUUUGUAUCACCGUCUAAUCCCACUGCUACUCCCCCCUCAAAUAUUCAUGCAGAUGCUCCAUCCUUGUUGCCUGGUGCUCCUGGAGAAAAGACGCCAGCUGGAAAUGCUUCCAUCUCGGUGCCAGUUGCAACCCCAACAAGUUUUCCACAAAUAGCACCAGCCAUCAACCUGAGUACACCAGGAACUUUUCCCCCAACGGCCCAUCAAAGAAAUGCGUCAAAGAGAGAGGCUCCCGUUGAAGAGCCCAUUGCUCCAGGAACUUUCUCCCCAUCCCCGGGCAGCCAAGAACGGAAUGAGUCAAACAACAAGGCUCCUGGAGCUCCAGGACCAACCGUUGACCCAAGUAUUCCCACAACUCUGCCACCAACCUCACAUCAAAGAAAUGAAUCAAACUAUGAAGCUCCUAAGGUGGCGCCUGUUGCUCCAGCACCUCCAACUAGAGGCGAUUCGCCACCAAUUCAUCAUCGAAGGAAUGCAUAUGAUGAUAAGGCUCCAGCAAUUUCACCAACCACUCCAGUUGCAGAUCCUGAUGUCUCUCCAGCAUCUACUCCAGGCGUUGACUGGGAGAAAGGUGGAGUGCCGGUUGCUGCACCACCAAAUGAUAUUCCCAAGCUCUUGCCACCUGUGAAUCAUUUGCCAACUAAGGGUCCUGCCGAGCCUCCUGCAUUUAUUCCAUCAAGUGGGCGAAGACAAAAUUCUCCUGCACACUCACCCUUUGAUCCAGGUUCUUUACUUUCUCCAUCCCGUCAUCCCUUUCCUCCAUCAAUGAGCCAUGCGUCACCUGCUCCUUCACCAUUUCCAAGUUCUGAAUCUGGCUGGACCAAAACAGUGCCCAUUCUCUCCCCUAAGGUUUCUCCUUCUGGGCCUUCACCAAGAAGUCCAAAGAUUCCAUUUCUGCCUCCAAUUCAAGCACUACCACCUCCUCCUCCUAAUGAAGACUGUUCUUCUACGGUUUGCACAGAGCCAUAUACAAAUACUCCUUCUGGGUCUCCCUGUGGCUGUGUUUGGCCCAUGCAAGUUGGGCUGCGCCUCAGUGUUGCCCUUUACACUUUCUUCCCUUUGGUUUCACAGCUAGCCGAGGAAAUGGCUACUGGGGUAUUCAUGAAACAAAGUCAAGUUCAUAUUAUUGGAGCCAAUGCGGCCAGCCAGCAACCAGAAAAGACAAUCGUCCUUGUUGACUUGGUACCUCUUGACGACACGUUUGAUAACACUACAGCAUUUUUGACAUAUCAAAGAUUUUGGCAUAAACGAGUUGUCAUAAAUCCUUCCCUGUUUGGGGAAUAUGACGUAUUAUAUGUGCGUUAUCCAGGUCUACCUCCAUCUCCACCCUCUGCACAGAGCAUUACCAUGAUAGAUGGUGGGCCUUUUUCUGCUAAUGGCAAUAAUGCACGGGCAAUAAAGCCCCUGGGGGUUGAUGUGCGGAACAGGCAGCAUAAAGAUGGUCUUAGUGGUGGCAUAAUUGCUGUAAUUGUUCUGUCAGUCCUUGUGGCAGUUGUUUUGUGUGGCGCAAUUGCUUGCGUUCUGCUGUUCAAACACAGAGACCAUGCUUCGCAACCAGGGUCUACCCAACAGUCCUUACCCGCUACUGUCCUAAAACCAUCAGGUACUACUGGGUCAAUUAUAGGAAGUGGUAUCAGUUCUACUUCCUUAUCAUUUGCGUCUAGCAUUGCUCCUUACACAGGAUCUGCUAAAACCUUCAGCACGACUGAUAUAGAGAAGGCAACAGACAACUUUAAUCCUUUGAGAGUACUUGGCGAAGGUGGCUUUGGUCGUGUUUACAGUGGCGUUCUUGAAGAUGGGACCAAAGUGGCAGUCAAAGUUUUAAAGAGAGAUGAUCAGCAGGGUGGACGUGAAUUCUUGGCUGAAGUCGAGAUGCUCAGCCGUCUACACCACAGAAAUUUGGUCAAGUUGAUUGGAAUAUGUACAGAGGAGCGCAGCCGGUGCUUGGUUUAUGAACUCAUUCCAAAUGGCAGUGUAGAAUCUCAUCUACAUGGAAUUGACAAAGAAGCUCCACUUGAUUGGGAUGCCCGGGUGAAGAUAGCUCUUGGUGCUGCAAGGGGUCUAGCAUAUUUGCAUGAAGAUUCUAGCCCCCGUGUCAUACACAGAGAUUUCAAGUCGAGCAACAUCUUGCUGGAACAUGAUUUCACGCCAAAAGUGUCUGACUUUGGUUUGGCACGAGCUGCCAUGGAUGAGGAGAACAAGCAUGUAUCAACACGUGUUAUGGGAACUUUUGGGUAUGUGGCUCCUGAGUAUGCGAUGACCGGGCAUCUUCUGGUGAAGAGUGAUGUUUACAGCUACGGUGUAGUCCUCCUUGAGCUUCUAACUGGAAGGAAACCUGUAGAUAUGUCACAACUACCCGGUCAAGAGAAUUUAGUUGCAUGGGCACGUCCACUCCUCACAAGUAGAGAAGGGUUGGAAACAAUAGUAGAUCCAUGCUUAGGACCUGAUGUCUCUUUUGAUAGUAUUUCUAAAGUAGCUGCGAUUGCUUCAAUGUGUGUACAGUCAGAGGUAUCGCACCGUCCUUUCAUGGGCGAGGUAGUUCAGGCCUUAAAGUUAGUAUGUAAUGAGUGUGAUGAGGCGAAAGAAGUAGGUUCGAGAACUUCUAGCCGAGAAAAUUUGUCGAUGGACUUGGAUACUGGAGUCAGUACUGGCUCAAGACAGCUUCCAGAUCCUUUGCAAAGCCAAUACCACAUGCCUCACUAUGAUUUCGGGCCUGAUACAGAGAUGGGACUGUCAGCCUCAGAUUUGUUCAGCGCACCGGCGAGACUGGACAGACAGGCAUCUGGAUCCUUUAGGAGAUAUUCCAGUUCCGGUCCAUUGAGGACUGGAAGGGGCAGACAGUUCUGGCAGACAAUAAGGGGGUUAACUGGGGGUAGUGUGAGUGAACACGGAGUUAUGUUCAAGGUACAACCAAGUUCGCAUUGAGCAUUUGCAGUCUCUUUCCAUGAAAGCUUCAUGCACGCAGAGCUUUCGAUUCCUGUGACUCCUGCAUGCAUAUUAGAAUGCCAUACUGGGGCUUGCAAUAGAAAAGCGUGCAAAUUCUUCAUCUUGAGUACAUAAUUCGACUGCCUGUCGUAGCCUCGAUGGAAAAGCUGCGUUAUGAUGAAGGCUUCCUCAUAAUACUGGACUAAUCUGGCAAGGUUGGCGGAUUCAAUAAUGCAGAAUGCAGAGAUUCUGAUUGAGGCUAUUGUGAUCUCCUUGAAUUGCUAUCCAAAAUGUAUAGUGUUUUGUGUAGAUGAAAAUUAUACUGUUUCCUUUAAAGGGCAUAUUGAAUAUUGAUAUAGUUACUCUCUUUAAAAGUUUUUCCUGCUA